GCAGCCAGGCGACCAGGCUAGUUUGUAUACCGGGGCAGAAAACAGGCUGGGUGCAUGGGAUGGAAGCUGGACCUUCUACACCAGCCCAAACUGGGUAUGUUCCACCUUUACAGCAAGUGUUCCAAGCCCCACGCCGACCUGGCAUUGGCACAGUCGGGAAGCCAAUAAAACUUCUUGCCAAUUAUUUUGAAGUGGACAUUCCCAAGAUUGACGUCUACCACUAUGAGGUCGAUAUCAAGCCUGAUAAAUGCCCCCGGCGUGUCAACAGGGAAGUUGUGGAAUACAUGGUCCAACACUUCAAGCCCCAGAUCUUUGGUGACCGAAAACCAGUUUAUGAUGGAAAGAAGAACAUUUAUACAGUUUCUGCACUGCCCAUUGGUCAUGAAAGGGUUGAUUUUGAGGUGACAAUCCCAGGAGAGGGAAAGGACAGGAUCUUUAAAGUGUCUAUAAAAUGGAUGGCAGUGGUAAGCUGGAGGAUGCUCCAUGAAGCUCUGGGAAGUGGACAAGUUCAGCUUCCUCUGGAAUCUGUUCAAGCCCUGGAUGUAGCAAUGAGGCACCUGGCCUCAAUGAGGUAUACCCCAGUAGGACGGUCCUUCUUUUCACCUCCGGAGGGUUAUUAUCACCCGCUAGGAGGUGGACGUGAGGUUUGGUUUGGGUUUCAUCAGUCAGUACGCCCAGCAAUGUGGAACAUGAUGCUGAACAUAGAUGUAUCAGCUACCGCCUUCUACAAGGCCCAGCCAGUAAUAGAGUUCAUGUGUGAGGUGCUGGAUAUUCGGAACAUAGAUGAACAACCUAAACCUCUCACAGACUCACAGAGGGUGCGCUUUACUAAGGAGAUCAAAGGUUUGAAAGUGGAAGUCACCCACUGUGGGCAGAUGAAAAGAAAGUACAGAGUUUGUAAUGUUACUCGCAGGCCGGCCAGCCACCAGACGUUCCCACUGCAGCUGGAGAGUGGCCAGACUGUAGAGUGUACAGUAGCCCAAUAUUUCAAGCAGAAGUAUAACUUACAACUAAAAUAUCCUCACCUUCCAUGCCUGCAGGUGGGACAGGAGCAGAAGCACACUUAUCUACCUCUGGAGGUCUGUAACAUUGUACCUGGUCAACGAUGUAUUAAGAAGCUCACUGACAAUCAGACAUCCACUAUGAUCAAAGCAACAGCUCGGUCUGCCCCAGACAGACAGGAGGAGAUCAGCAGGCUGAUGAAAAAUGCAAGUUAUAAUCUGGACCCAUAUAUCCAGGAAUUUGGUAUCAAAGUUAAAGAUGACAUGACAGAAGUCACAGGAAGGGUCCUUCCUGCACCUAUUUUACAAUAUGGAGGGCGAAAUAGAGCUAUUGCAACUCCAAACCAAGGAGUGUGGGACAUGAGGGGAAAGCAGUUCUACAAUGGCAUUGAGAUCAAAGUUUGGGCCAUUGCUUGCUUUGCUCCGCAGAAGCAAUGCCGGGAAGAAGUGCUAAAGAAUUUUACAGACCAGCUGAGGAAGAUCUCUAAAGAUGCAGGGAUGCCCAUCCAGGGUCAGCCAUGUUUCUGUAAAUACGCGCAGGGCGCGGACAGUGUUGAGCCAAUGUUCAGACACCUCAAAAACACUUACUCUGGGCUCCAGCUCAUUAUUGUAAUACUGCCAGGAAAAACACCAGUAUAUGCGGAAGUGAAACGUGUUGGAGACACCUUGCUUGGCAUGGCCACACAGUGUGUCCAAGUGAAAAAUGUGGUAAAGACUUCCCCACAGACUCUCAGCAACCUGUGUCUGAAAAUCAACGUCAAACUAGGUGGGAUCAACAACAUCUUAGUGCCUCAUCAACGCUCUGCAGUCUUCCAGCAGCCAGUCAUCUUUCUUGGAGCAGAUGUCACACAUCCGCCUGCAGGUGAUGGCAAGAAGCCUUCCAUUACUGCGGUUGUAGGCAGCAUGGAUGCUCAUCCAAGCAGAUACUGUGCCACAGUGAGAGUACAGCGCCCUCGGCAAGAAAUUAUUGAGGACCUGUCCUAUAUGGUGCGGGAGCUUCUCAUCCAGUUCUAUAAAUCUACUCGCUUCAAACCAACCCGGAUCAUAUUCUAUCGCGAUGGUGUUCCAGAAGGACAACUUCCACAGAUAUUGCACUAUGAGCUGCUGGCUAUUCGAGAUGCCUGUAUUAAACUAGAGAAAGACUACCAGCCAGGUAUCACCUACGUAGUAGUGCAGAAACGGCACCACACGCGCCUGUUUUGUGCAGACCGCAGUGAACGGAUUGGAAAAAGUGGAAACAUUCCAGCAGGAACAACUGUUGACACCAAUAUUACACAUCCAUUUGAGUUUGAUUUUUAUCUGUGUAGUCAUGCGGGUAUCCAGGGCACCAGCCGUCCAUCCCAUUAUUAUGUCCUUUGGGAUGAUAACCGGUUUACAGCUGAUGAACUUCAGAUUCUCACCUACCAGUUAUGUCACACGUAUGUUCGUUGUACGCGGUCUGUUUCCAUACCUGCACCUGCAUAUUAUGCUCGACUGGUAGCUUUUAGAGCACGAUACCACCUGGUUGAUAAGGAACAUGACAGCGGGGAAGGCAGCCACAUCUCUGGACAAAGCAAUGGAAGGGAUCCACAGGCCUUAGCUAAGGCUGUGCAAGUUCAUCAAGACACAUUAAGCACAAUGUAUUUUGCCUGA